CCGGCCCAGGUACUUCUGCCGCCCUUAUCAUCCCUUUCCUCGCUGGCUUAUCUAAUUUGGUCUUUUUUUUUUCCCCCUCCAUUUUUGGUUUUUUUUUUCGUUUUAAUUUUCUUUUUUUGCUGAAACGAAUUGGCGGGUGGUCUUCUCAGGCGACGACCUCCAGCCACGGUCCUCAGCAGUUGUUUUCUUAAGCCUUUCAAAAAAGGGUGUUGCUUUUGAAUUUCUUUGUUAUUCGGCUUGGAUUCUUUUAGUCAUUUAUUGCACACGAUAGUGCAAUGUGAUUUUAAGAAAUUGGUUGGGAUGGGUGUUACACUGAUUUAGUGGAUAGGGGCUUAAUCUUGAUUGGGUGAUACUCGGUCACCAGAACCCAUGUGAGUACAAUUUGUUUGUCCAUUGCUUUGAAGCUUUUGGGCGUAAAAAUCAGAGUAUCAAGCUAUCAGUGGCAGUGCAGGCUACUUGGCUGGAUAGGGGCAUUUAAUUGCUGUUAGAAAUAUGAAAUUUGCAGGUUAAUUUUUAGUUUACUUACCCAUUUUUCGUUGUAGUUUGUAGAAGUCAUAGAUAAAGGAAAGAAACAGGUGAAGUGACCAAGAUGUAAGGCGGUCUCAUUUAAUACAGGAGCGAAUGUUCAUCCUUUUUUUUCCCGUUUUGAUGAAUGUGGCAUUGAUUUCAACCAUUUUAUUAAUAUAUAAUGACAUGACAUGGUUUCGUUGUAUGGCAUUAUUAGAAUUCCAUGAAAAACUGAUGAUAAAUAACCAAACAAGUUGACAGUUUUCUUUUUUAGUUUAUGUUUUUCAGUUUAGGUUUCUAGUUUUCUGUUUCUGUUUCCUACUUCCUUGUUAUGCGUUUCUGAUAUUCUCUUUACUUUCAAACAGAAAUUAGAGUUCAAGAAUCCAUAGAUGCCAACGUACAAUAUCAGAGGAAUCAAUGUCGAUUUCCCAUUCGAGGCCUAUGAUUGCCAGCUUGUUUACAUGGAAAAAGUCAUUCAAUCUCUACAAAAUAAAUGUAAUGCGCUGCUGGAGUCUCCUACUGGAACAGGGAAAACCUUGUGUCUACUCUGCGCUACUCUGGCUUGGAGGAAGAGUUUGGGUGCUUUCUCAACUGGUCAGAAUAUGGGAAGCAGCCCUCUAGAUGUUUCACUAUCUCAAUCAAAGGCUAACAAUCUGCCUACGAUAGUGUAUACAUCACGCACUCACAGCCAGCUCCAGCAAGUGAUACGAGAACUAAAAAGAACCAAUUACAGGCCCAAAAUGGUAGUGUUAGGAUCGCGUGAGCAAUUGUGCAUUCAUGAUCAGGUGAGUUUACUUCAUGGAAGUGCACAGACGAAUGCAUGCCAUUCCCUUUGCAAAAGGCACACAAAGCAUUAUUGUACGCAUUAUAAUCGUGUUGCAGAUUUCUUAAAGAAGAAUCCAUAUCUUGGGGAUGAACCGAUUGACAUAGAGGAGAUGGUCAAUAUUGGAAGAAGUUGUGGGCCGUGUCCGUAUUAUGUAUCCCGAGAGCUCCACAAGGUUGUAGAUAUUCUGUUUGCACCUUAUAACUAUCUUAUUGAUUACUCAUACAGAAAAUCUCUUAAUCUUACGUGGGACAACAGUAUACUCAUUUUUGAUGAAGCCCACAAUCUGGAAAGCUUAUGUUCAGAUGCAGCCUCUUUUGACUUACCUUAUGGGCUCCUGACAUCUUGCAUUUCUGAAGCAAAAAAAUGUAUAGACCUUUCCAUAGCAAGGAGGGAAAUGGAAAAAUCCAAUGACAAAUCACACAAACCAGAUAAUUAUGCUAUCCUCAGAGCGCUUCUUCUGAAGCUUGAGAAGCGGAUUUCUGAAGUUCCUAUUGGGUCCAAAGAGUUGGGUUUUACAAAGCCUGGGCCAUACAUUUAUGAACUACUUGGUGAUCUAAACAUUACUCAUGAAACUGCCAGCAUGCUUAAUGAUAUAAUUGAAGAGGCUGCUUUGCUUCUUGAGGAAGAUUCAGGUACAAAUGAUGGUAAAAUGCCUCAAAAGAUGAGGGGCACCAUCUGCAGGCUGGAAAGCAUCAGUGACAUGCUUAAGUUAAUCUUCAAAGGCGGUUGCAAUGCCCAUUCGAGAUACUAUCGUGUUCAUGUGCAGGAAGUUGAAGCAAAUGCUGGAGAUGUCUAUAAAGGCAAGGCAUCUAGAACACUCAGCUGGUGGUGUUUUAAUCCAGGAUUCGCUAUGGAGGAAUUUGCUAGGUUGGGUGUUGGGUCCAUCAUUUUAACAUCUGGCACAUUAUCUCCAAUGGAUUCGUUUGCACAGGAACUGAAGUUGAAAUUUCCCAUUCGGUUGGAGAAUCCUCAUGUUGUAUCUGCAAAUCAGAUAUGGGCAGGUGUUGUGCCAGCUGGUCCAUCUGGUUGCUCUUUUAACUCCUCUUAUCGGACUCGCGAUUCUCUUGAAUACAAGCAAGAGCUUGGGAAUGCUAUUGUAAACUUUGCUCGGAUUGUACCCGAUGGAUUGCUUGUAUUCUUUCCUUCAUAUUACCUUAUGGAUCAAUGCAUUGGGUGCUGGAAGAGUUGUACAAACUCCAUAAAUUCUAGUACAAUUUGGGAAAGAAUUUGCAAACAUAAGCAACCUGUUGUGGAACCCAGACAAUCUUCACUUUUUCCAUUGUCAAUUGAGGACUAUAAAACUAAGUUGAAGGACACCUCAACUUCUGGUGCAGUAUUUUUUGCUGUGUGUCGUGGGAAGGUGAGUGAAGGAUUAGAUUUUGCUGACCAUGCUGGGAGAGCAGUGAUCAUCACUGGUAUGCCAUUUGCCAUGAGGACUGAUCCUAAGGUUCGUUUAAAACGGGAGUACUUGGACGAACAGGCACAAUCUCAACUGACAGGACAUAAGGUUCUGACUGGAGAAGAGUGGUACAAUCAACAAGCAUCUCGUGCUGUGAAUCAGGCUGUUGGACGCGUCAUCCGUCAUCGCAACGAUUAUGGAGCUAUUAUCUUUUGCGAUGAAAGGUUUGCACUUCCAAGUCGUCAGUCCCAAAUAUCACUUUGGAUACAGCCUCACAUCAAGUGUUACUCCAAAUUUGGGGAUGUUGUUUUUACAUUGACCCGCUUUUUCCGAAGUGGAGGAAUUCAUGGUCCUAUUAAACUGAAGUCAUUACAAGCUGAUUCCAACAUUGUUACAACUCCAAAACCUGUAUUAGAUGGGGGGAUAUCUGAAUCCCCAUUGGAGGAUGUAUCAUUAUCAUCAAAGCCCUUAAAUCAGGCACAUGGAAACGUAAAUGAGAUGAAAACUGGAGAGCCUCUGGACAAAAAUUAUCUCGAAAAAUUUUUCUCUUCUCUGGCUGCCCCUGCAAAGAAAGAUAACUCUGUAAAAAGAUUGUCUUCUGCCCCAGAAAUUAAAAGAGGCAACAUUUCUAGUCAGAUGGGAGAAAUUCUUCCUGCUAAUCGCUCAUCUCUUACUCAUUGUAAACAAAAUCAAUCUUCAACAUUAAAGCGUUCAAAUGAUCUAUUCUGCGAUGUAAAGAAGUUGCCUAUUCCAGGAGUGAAAAAUGUGCGACAUAUAAAUCAAGAAGCGAUUGAAUUGACCGGUACCUCUUUAUUGCACGAAGACCCUAGCAAAGAACAGCUGAGUAUACCUUGUUCUCUAAAGAAGCCUAAAAUGUUGGCUAUAGAAACUGAUGCAUCACAAUGUUCACAAAAUUGCCAUGAGCAGCUAUCUCUUGUCAGAAAAGCACAACCAAGCCCAUUGUCGUCUAAUCCAGUGAAACCUGAGAAAUUACAGAUCUCUGAUAAUGCAAGAAGCAAGCAAAAGGCUGACGCUAGUUCUCAAAUGCUAUUUGAAGAUGACAUUAGUGUUCAAGAGAGGAAUCCAGUGUUUUCCUGUCAAAAAAACAAGGAUGUUGUAUCAGAUCUCGUGUCCUGUUGUGAUGAGGAAACAAGAGGAUCUACUUUUCUGAUUCAGGUUAAAGAGAAACUUACUACUGCAGAGUAUCAAGAAUUUGUGGGUUUUAUGAAGGCAUUAAAAUCCAAAGCAAUGAAGAUAGGUCAAGUUCUGCAAUGCAUUGCCAGGUUGUUCUCUGCACCAGAAAGGCUUCCUCUUCUUAAAAGAUUCAAAGAUUAUGUACCCGCAAAGUAUCAUCCUCUAUAUGAGCAUCAUCUUAUAGCAAAUGAGAGAAUGGUUGGCAGUGGAUGCAAAGAAAUUCUGCCAUCUUAAUUAUAAGAGAAGCUUGAUCCGUGCAAUAUGCAUAUGCCUAGCAAGGCCAAAUAUCUGUUUCCUCGUGGGGUUGAAAUGUGAGUUAUUGUACUAAUUUCUGUAUUCAUUAUCCUACCUAAAAUGCAUAAUUAUCUUAAACGUGACCUGCAGGGCAUUCAAUCAGAUAAUCGCGCCAUUGCGUUCUGGGCAAAAAGAAAUUGAAAGCAGAUUUUUUUGGCGUAAUGCAAUGCCCGAACUUGAAGAAACUCAUUCCUCCAUUUCGAUUUCUGCUGACUGGCCACCCAAUUUACCGGGUACUUCUGGGAUCGGGUUACUACUGACGAGAUUGGAUACAGUUGAAUAAAGCAAGAUCACAAUAGCAAUAUUGGAUAUAAAGUAACCUCUGUAAUUGCUGCACUAGCUUUCACUGCCUUAAUGGUGGUGAUAGAGUCUGGGCCACAUUGAUUUUUUAAUUGGGUUCCAGAAAUUUAUGCAUGGUGGGCAUAUUGUUAAUGCUGGUGGUUAUGGAGAUCUGUUUGAGAGCGACUCUUAUCAAUACUGCAAUAGUGGCGGUGCCCUGUCGUUGCAGUUCUUGGUGUGUGCACAUGCUAGAAUGGUAGUUCGGUUUCAGCCUCAGGGUAUGAGAUAUAUGUAAUUAUUUCUUAUGAAAAAGAAAAGCUACCUUUUUUUAGGUUGCCAGAAAUAAUGACCAUGGCAACUUCUGCGCCUUCAUGAUGGUUGUAGUUAGUCAUUGGUGCAUCCAUUUAUAAUGCCAUUUAAAAAUAAAAAAAUUUAAAUUUUUGUUC